AAAAUCAUUGAAUAAACAAUGUCCCUGUCAUCGAUCUUUCAUUCUAACUGGUGGGAAGAGUUGGAUCAUCCCCACAGCCUGGUGGAUCAAUAUUUCGGUGAUGGAAUUCACCACGACGUCCUGCACGAGGCCCAUCGCCACCCCAGGUCCCAUGCACCACUUCAGCAUGUCCGAGGACUAGGAAGAUGCCCCAUGGUAUACCAGAGACCCUGGGCAGUGGCACGUCCACAGGGUGUGUCCACUGUAAAGCCACAUAAGGACAGCUUCCACGUUUCUCUCGAUGUCCAGCAGUUCGCCCCGGAGGAGAUCUCCGUGAAACUCCUGGAUGGAUCUGUCAUCGUCGAGGGGAAACACGAUGACAAGAAGGACGAGCACGGAUGGGUCUCCAGACAGUUCUGCAGGAGGUAUCAGAUUCCGGAGCAGUGCGACAUCGAACAGGUCCAAUCGACUUUAUCUUCUGAUGGAGUUCUCUCCAUCAUUGUUCCACGUAAAGUUGAAAAUAAGGUGGAGGGUGAAAAAACUAUUCCCAUUAUUCACACUGGAAAACCCGCAAUUGUCGACACUCCGAAAUCCAAGAAAGAGAGCCUACCCGAGAAUUCACAUUAAAUACGGUAUUUAAGGACCUCCAAGUACUUUCCCUAAUUUUUUUCUUCCAUUGAUUAGUCUAUUUAAACGAUGAAGCGAUGUUUUAUUUCAUUUAUAACCAUUAGAAACUCAUAAUUCAUUCUGCGAAAUUAAAUGUGUGUCAGUGAAAAUGAAGAGAAUCGGAAGAAAAAGAGGAGAAAAAGAAAUAGAGAAAUAGGAAUAAACGAAAUGUAUUAUUCGUGAAAAAUUAGCAAUAACAGCAUUUCUGAUUUUUUUUUUAAUAAACAGAUUUGAUAAUUGAAAAGUGUAGAAGGUACUUGGAUAUAUUUAAUCCUCGGUUCUCGAUGAGAAAAUUGUGGAACUAUUCCAGUAAUCAUUGAGAAUUAUUAAUGUUUUUCGAGUAACAUUCCAGUAUUUUAAUCGUAACCCAGAUACUGCCUGUUAGUGAUUAUCAACAAGUGAGUUAUUUAGUUUAGUGUGGAAGUAUUGUAAUUCACUCGCACUAUUCGCACAACAUAAUGGUUUGAGGGACGUAAUUACUUGUACUUGGUAAGGGACUCAUGAAAAUCAUUACACCACGGAGAGAUGUUCUUUCUUAAAAUUGUAAUUCCAAAUGGAGGAACAUUUUACGAAAAGUCUCUGUACCUUUACCGUCACAAUGUUCUCAAAGAAUUUUCGUCCAUCUAAUUCCUGCACUCAUUUCAAAAUAUUAAUUGAAUAAUCAAUAAUUCGCCUACGCACCGUAAAGAUAAUAAAUAGUCAAUUGAAACUCGAA